AAGAAACGCUGGUUUGUCCUGCGCAGCGGUCGAAUGAGUGGCGACCCUGAUGUUCUGGAAUACUACAAAAAUGACCACUCUAAGAAACCCUUGCGCGUGAUCAACCUCAAUUUCUGCGAGCAAGUGGAUGCAGGACUGACCUUCAACAAGAAGGAGCUGCAAGACAGCUAUAUCUUCGACAUCAAGACAAGCGACAGGACCUUCUACCUGGUGGCCGAGACGGAGGAUGACAUGAAUAAGUGGGUUCGCAGCAUCUGCCAGAUCUGUGGCUUCAACCAGUCUGAGGAGAACACAGAUACGCUGAGGAGCAUCGUCUCCAUGAACCAUGCUCCACGUUCCUCUCCGGCCGAGCUGAGCGGCUCCAACCACCACCUGCUCCGAGAUCGCAAGUCCUCAGCACCGUCCCACUCCAGCCAGCCCACUUUGUUCACCUUCGACUCUCCGGCCAACCACAUCCAGACCACCCUGUCUGCCAGCGCCCCGCAGGACUACCUUUUCCUGCACCAGUGCAUGAGUAGAAAAUCAGAAAAUGCAAGGAGUGCCAGUUUCUCCCAAGCCACGAGGUCCUCGUUCUUCAUGCGGAGCGACACAGCUGUUCAGAAGCUCUCCCAGGGCAAUGGACACUGCAUGAACGGAGUCGGUGGGCAGGUCCACGGCUUUUAUAGCCUGCCAAAACCCAGCCGGCACAACUCAGAGUUCAGGGACAGUGCGUACGACCUCCCACGCAGCUUCGGUUCCUACACCCACACCAAGUCGAGCCUCACAAGCUCCGAAACGGAUAACGAGGAAGUCUAUACCUUUAAGACUCCCAACAACACCCUAUGCAAGGAGUUUGGGGAGCUCUCCACAGACUCCUACGACAUCCCUUCUACCCCUCUCUCCAUCUAUCAGAUCCCCAGGACAUUUACACUGGACAAGAACCACAAUACUCUGGCCGUGGCUGCCAGUGACUCGCCUGCUGCGCCACCCCCACGGCCGCAGCAGAGACCCCAGGGCAGCGAAAGCUUAGGGCUGGCCCCCAUGGCAGCCACCAUUCCCAGGAGAAACACGCUACCAGCGGUGGAGAACAGCAGGCUACACAGAGCUUCUUCUUGCGAGACAUAUGAAUAUCCCCAGCACGGGGGCAGCAGUGCUGUGCAGUCGGUUGAGUCUAUGAACGAUGGGUACAACUCUUACCUGCAAGCCAAAGCUGCAGUGGCCCGCUCCCACAGCGCAGACUCUGAGGACAAUUACGUCCCGAUGAACCCCGGUUCGUCGUCCCUGAUCCACACGGAGAAAGCCAAUGACAACGCCCAAAAUCUCUACAUCCCCAUGAGCCCUGGCCCGCAUCACUUUGACUUGCUGGGGUUGUCCUCGACCACCCUCCCAGUACAUAAAGGAGGAGCCAUGGCGCAGUGCCACAGACGGUUGAGUGAGAUCCAACCUCCACCAGUCAACCGCAACCUUAAACCCGACCGGAAAGCAAAGCCGUCGCCUCUGGACCUGAGGAACAACACAGUCAUUGAUGAGCUUCCCUUCAAAUCACCGGUCACUAAAUCCUGGUCCAGGCCUACCCAGACUUUCAACUCCGGCUCUUUGCAAUACUGCCGCCCUGUCUCCUCACAGAGCAUCACCAGCACUGACUCGGGAGACAGCGAAGAGAAUUACGUGGCCAUGCAAAACCCCAUUUCUGCUUCUCCUGUUCCUAGUGGCACCAACAGCCCAGCACCUAAAAAGAGUUCAGGGAGCGUGGAUUAUCUGGCCCUGGACUUCCAGCCAAGCUCUCCAGGGCCCCACAGAAAGCCCUCCACCUCGUCAGUCGCCUCGGACGAGAAGGUUGAUUACGUGCAAGUGGACAAGGAGAAGACGCAGGCCCUGCAGAGCACCAUGCAGGAGUGGACGGACGUGCGGCAGUCCUCAGAACCCGCCAAGAGCACGAAGCAGUAGUGCCAGCAGCGGCCCAGGACGGGCAUCCAGACAGGCAAAUGUCCAAGCGGUUUUCCCAGGCUGGGGCCCCGUCUGGGGUUGCUAGCGCCACUUGGGCUAGUUUCUAAGACUGUUAUCUGCAGAGGGGAGGGGGUCUUCAUUAUUUUUUCCUUUAAAACAAAAUGAAACUUAAUUCCAGGGGAAGAUUUGGCAGAUACUGUUUGCCAGUGAUAAAAGACCAACUACGUUUGGUGGCUAGGUUUGUGCUUUAGCUGCUGGAUUCACUAUCCAGGAACUUUAACUUAGCAAUACCAGGUGUCGCCCUGCACAUCUUUUGCUUACAGCUAUUAAAGCCACCUUGUAUGUGCUAACACUGCAUCAUCUCUCCCUGUCUUCUUCCAUACUGUACCCCCAAACCAUGUCGCGCAGGUUUGGCAGCAUCUCUCACAGGACAUCACUUCCCCAGCUCAGACUCCCAUGCCCCCUGCCUAUGGUUGCCCUCUUCUCUGGCCCCUCCUACCCAUCCUAAAACUGAGCAAGGACCAUUCCCAUAUGUCUUUACUUUCAUUGUCCUGUUUCUUGUAAAUAAUGAUGUGUUCAAAAUGUCUGUGAGCUAUUCUUCUCCUGGUGGGACAGCCGCCAUGUUUAUGUUGUGGUUGUUAACUCUCAGGAGCUUGAAGAGUGUCCAGACCCACCGACUGAGCUGGCUCUGAAGUCCAGAACUCACCCCCCACCGUAGACGAGCAUACACGUCAGCACAUGCUCACGCACACAUGCAUGCACGCAUGAAGCAGCCAAGUUUGUUGGGGUGUCUUCUUCUUCCGCUGAUGCUUUCCAAGAUCUCUCAAAGAAAAUGAGUUGGAGAGAUCAGCUUCUGACUGCAGAAUUUAAGUUCUGACCACUGUCUGUUUGAAGCCAAUUUCCCAUGAAUCUGGCCCUGAGAACCAAAUUCUGCCCUUCGUGGCAGCAAGAGAUGACCGUAGAGGGAAAGUCCUGUAUCUGUGACCUUUGUGAGAAGCUCUGCAGUUGACUGCUAGGAGCAGGAAGAGGCUCUGGAGAUCCUUGUGUAUUGUGACUGAUGUGAGGAUGAACGAGAGGAAGGGGGUAUGAGGCUGUUUGCGAGGACCUGGAGAAGGCAGACGCUGUGCUGGAGAGGUCAGACUCGGGAAAGGGGAUUGACAGGGUGUUUCGUGCAGAAAAGGAGAAGAGUAACUGGGAUGUUGAUCGGUGGUGAAGCCUUAGGCUUGGGAAGAGGCUGUACAGGAGAGUCAGGGCAGAGCAGGCAUUUGGGUGUUUUCACAUAAGCUUUCAUGUUGCACUGUGGGUGGUUUGUGCCGGGCGCAAAGGGCUGAACUAGGUGUUUUCUCCCCGUCUUUAAUUGCAGCAAUUCUGUUGUUUCUUUGACAUAGAUAGUCGGCUUGCUGAUGUUAAUGACCCUGGGCUCUAACUAAUUACGGGAGCCUGCUGUUCCCCCUCCCAGCAUGCUUGACACAUCCAGGCUUUGGGAUCACUCCCUGAGCAGCUGCUGCGCUCAGAGAGUCGAGAAGGAAGAGGCAGCUUAUUGCAGAGAUAAUAAUUCAUGAUCUCAUAAAAACAGGAAGGACUAAUGAUUGUCAUGUAGCAGCAUGGUUGCCAGACAGUGAGCACGGACACGGAUAAACAGGCUGACCAUGAACUGAGAGCCAAACGAGAGACAUUAGUGAGAUUAGGUAAUAAUACUUAUUAGAUAGCUUGGAUCACCUAUUCUUUUCUCAAGCUGAACCCCUCCCAACACCACUGGCUGGAUGUUUCACCAACAUCACCAAGAAAAACAGUCAUUAAUGUUGAUUAUUGAUGCUUAGGAAUUAACACAUCUCUUUAAUCUUGGCCUGAGUUUGGAAAGAGCCAGGCAUGACCCACAAGGGCCUAGGAUGCCAGUCCCUUUAGAGCUGGAUGCUGCUAUGCAAACUAAGUCUCGAACUUCCAGCACCAGUUUAUGUCUUCUCCUCCUGUGCCAUGAAAGGGGAGGAUAUUAAUGGAAAAGCUCCAAAGACCUUUUAACACAUUGCAAUGUUGGCCUUUUACAGGAAAAAUAAAGAAAAUAUCCUAAGGCUCCUGAUAAAAAUAAGUCAUCUAGGAAAAAAAAAAAAACACCCAAAGGGAAAGAUUUAGCACAGCCAUAUGCUUUCUGAAGGUCAGAGAGUGUGUUACUGCCUGCAAGGGCCUUAGCCUCACAUUGAGGGCUUGCACGCUUGCAUAGUGAGAUAAUAAAAUGAAGAACAGAGCCCAGUACUUUGUAUUUCUAUAGCCCUUUUCAUCACCGCAUCUCAGGGGAGACUAAACAUUGGGCCCAAUCCAGAGCCUGCUGAAGUCACUCUAAAGCAUCCUAGGAAAUUCUGUGAGCUCAUUAAAGAGACAUGGACAGACCGCCUGGUCUUGGCAUCACACGAGUGCCUGAGAAACGGGGAGAAUAAGCAGAAACAAAAGCCGAGCCCACCGACCUGUUUUACAUUCAGCUAGCUGAGGGCACUGGGCAAUGC